AUGCACCAAAAUGACCAACACAAAGAGAGGAGAGGUACCCGCUAUACGUUCUCUAGGCCUUUUAGAAAACAUGGAGUUGUUCCUUUGGCCACAUACACGCAAAUCCACAAGAAAGGUGAUAUCAUGGACAAAAAGGAAAUGGGCAGUGUUCAAAAAGGAACGCACCAUAAACAUUACCAUGGCAAAACUGGAAGAGUCUACAAUGUUACCCAGCAUGCAGUUGGCAUUGUUAUAAACAAACAAGUUAAGGGCAAGAUUCUUGCCAAGAGAAUUAAUUUAUGUAUUGAGCAUAUUAAGUGCUCUAAGAACCGACAUAGUUUCCUGAAGUGUGUGAAGGAAAAUGAUCAGAAAAAGAAGGAAGCCAAACAGAAAGGUGCUUGGGUGCAACUGAAGUUCCAGCUUGCUCCAGAGAAAUACACUUUGUGA